AUGAGCGCCCAGCCUCGUCGCACCAGCUUCGGAAUGUUGCUACGACGCAGUAAGAGCGGUGAUUUGGGAAAGGGCGGCCGCAAGGCUCAGGCCCUUAGAGAGGCCGAACUUGAGCGCCAGCGCCUGGCCGCCGCCUCUCGCGUCCCUCCCAAGUUGCCCGAGUUCGCCAACAACACCGAGAAGUUGUCCAAGUCCUUUGGUGCCGACCUGCGCCCCGAAUCGCCCGCCAGCGUCCGCCGAUCCGCCGACUACAGCAAAAUCCGCCCUUCCAUCGAACAGCAGCGCAACUACGGCGCUGUCCCAGUCCCUCCCCUGCCCAACGGCGGCUUCGAUCCCUAUGCGAGGACCGAGAGCAUGACGCACCGCGGGCGCUACAGUUAUGCCAGUAGUGCCAUCAGCACUGUCAACAGCCCUCGCCGAGUUCGCAGAAGAAAGGAUCCCACCCCGUUGAACAUCCUCAUCAUUGGCACUCGCAAUGCAGGCAAGACAUCUUUCCUUGAGUUCCUCAAGACUGCUCUCGCUCUCCCGGCCAAGAAGCGUGCCAAGAACCCCCAAGACGACUUCGUCCCGGAACGAGCUCCUUCUGGAAACUUCAUCCCCCACUACCUCGAGACUGAGAUCGAUGGCGAGCGAGUUGGUCUGACCCUCUGGGAUUCGGAAGGUCUGGAGAAGAACGUGGUCGACCUUCAGCUUAGGGAGAUGUCGUCGUUCUUGGAGAGCAAGUUCGAAGAGACUUUCGCUGAAGAGAUGAAGGUGGUGCGAUCUCCCGGCGUACAAGACACCCAUAUCCAUGCUACCUUCCUUGUUCUCGAUCCCGCUCGUCUCGACCGCAAUGUGGCGGCGGCUAGGAAACAGGUUGCCAAUGGUCAAAAUGGUCAUCGCAACGACGACGUCGUUGCUCGCGUUCUGGGUAGCCUCGAUGAGGACCUUGAUCUGCAGGUCCUGCGUACCCUCCAAGGCAAGACCACCGUCAUCCCCGUCAUCGCCAAGGCCGAUACCAUCACUACGAAGCACAUGAAUGUCCUCAAGAAGAGCGUCUGGGAUAGUCUCAAGAAGUCCGGCCUGGACCCCUUGGAGGCACUGGGUCUUGACGACGACGACUCCAGCGAUAGAAUCGCUGAAGAGGACGAUGAGGAUCAGGAUGAAGACGAACCUGAAUACAGCCGAUCCGGCGCCGAAACUCCAGAGGGCCAAGACCUCCCCAUCCAGGGUAGUCGUGAAUCCCCCGCGGCGUCGCCCAAUUCGAAGCGGCUGUCGACCAAUUCCAUCCGACGACACAAGGCUCAGGAGGAGGCCAAGGAGGAAGAGACGCCAUUCUUGCCGCUCUCAAUAAUCAGCCCUGACCUGUACGAGCCUGAUGUCGUCGGCCGGCAGUUCCCUUGGGGAUUUGCUGACCCAUACAAUGAGGAGCACUGUGACUUCCAGCGUCUCAAGGAAGCUGUUUUCAGCGAAUGGCGCGCCGAAUUGCGCGAGGCCAGCAGAGAACAGUGGUAUGAAGGAUGGAGAACAAGCAGACUCAAGCAGAGGGACAUCCCUUUCCGUCACCGAUAG